CUAGUAAGCUGUCAAAUCAAAUUUUCAAAAGCAAAUUGCUUUUAUAAUUAAUUUAAUUAUUACUACGGCUCCCAGUUUUGUGUUGCCUUAAUGAACACAAUCAGGUUUCACCCUCUGGUUUCUUCCCCCACCACAUACAAGUACCCCUCAUUUCCACAGACCCACCUCACACCUCUCCCACCCCAAGAUAGAUUCAUGGAGAGGGAAAAGGGAUGGAGACAGGGUUUAGUCUCCUCCCUGUGUCCCUGAAUAGCCACCUCCUCUAGCAUGCCCCAGUCUUGUAUGGGGCUUCCUCUCGGUGGGGUAAUAAAGGUCUUAAUGAACCCCCCCCCAUGUUUUGAUUACUCCAUAGCCUACCCCAGCAUCCUCUGUGAGUCUGCGUGGGCUGAGGAGGGGCAGUCAGGAGAGAGACUGUGACAGCGGUCUGUCACCCAGGGUCUGGCAUUCACUGGGGAACUGUCAGUUACUAAGGAAACUAGGAGGGAGAGAGGCGGUUAGAUCCAAUUUGGGGUGACAAGUGUAAGGACUGAAGAUUUUGGCCUCUCCUCAUCUGAGCACGAGUGGGAGUUUCAUGGACUGGGCAGUGAACAGACACAGGAGAGCCAGUCCCGAGGAGGCCACCCACCCCUUCUCAGGAGCCCAGGCAAGACAAAGGGACUCCAUCAGAGGGCCGAGCAGCUCAAUAAGAACCCCCAUGCCUCAGAGCAGUGUGCCUCCCUGCCUGUGUGUGCCUGUAUGUGCCUGUAUGUACUUGUGCAUACCUGUGUGUACUUGUGUGUGCCUGUGUGUGCCUGUGUGUGCCUAUAUGUGCCUGUGUGCCUGUGUGCCUGUGUGCAUCUGUGUGUGCCUGUGUGUACUUGUGUGUGCCUGUAUGUACUCAUGUGUACUUGUUUGUACUUGUGUGUGCCUCUGUGUGACUGUGUGUGCCUGUGUGUUCUUGUGUGUACUUGUGUGUGCCUGUGUGUGCCUGUAUGCACCUGUGUGCACCUGUGUGUGCCUGUGUGUACUUGUGUGUGCCUAUGUGUGCCUGUGUGUGCCUGUGUGCACCUGUGUGUGCCUGUGUGUACUUGUGUGUGCCUGUAUGUACUCAUGUGUACUUGUUUGUACUUGUGUGUGCCUCUGUGUGACUGUGUGUGCCUGUGUUCUUGUGUGUACUUGUGUGUGCCUGUGUGUGCCUGUGUACACCUGUGUGUGCCUGUGUGUACUUGUGUAUACCUGUGUGUACUUGUGUGUACUUGUGUGUGCCUGUGUGUGCCUGUAUGCACCUGUGUGCACCUGUGUGUGCCUGUGUGUACUUGUGUGUGCCUAUGUGUGCCUGUGUGCACCUGUGUGUGCCUGUGUGUACUUGUGUGUGCCUGUAUGUACUCAUGUGUACUUGUUUGUACUUGUGUGUGCCUCUGUGUGACUGUGUGUGCCUGUGUGUUCUUGUGUGUACUUGUGUGUGCCUGUGUGUGCCUGUGUACACCUGUGUGUUCUUGUGUGUACUUGUGUGUGCCUGUGUGUGCCUGUGUACACCUGUGUGUGCCUGUGUGUACUUGUGUAUACCUGUGUGUACUUGUGUGUACUUGUGUGUGCCUGUGUGUGCCUGUAUGCACCUGUGUGUGCCUGUGUGUACUUGUGUGUUCUUGUGUGUACUUGUGUGUGCCUGUAUGCACCUGUGUGUGCCUGUGUGUACUUGUGUGUUCUUGUGUGUACUUGUGUGUGCCUGUAUGCACCUGUGUGUGCCUGUGUGUGCCUGUGUGUGCCUGUGUGUGCCUGUGUGUACCUGUGUGUGCCUGUGUGUACUUGUGUAUACCUCUGUUUUCCUACUCUCCUUCUUAACCCUUCUUUUCUCUUCUCUCUGCAUCCCUUCUUCUGUCUCUGUAAGCUGUAGUUCCGACUCAGAGACAACAGGAACAUUACGCUCUAUUGUAACUCCCAACCGGGCUGGUGAGACUCUCCUAAUCUCAGAGGAAGGGUGCCCUCCACUCAGAAAUGAGGCACCAGUGGGGGUUGUGAAGAUGGGACAGGGGUGGGGCUGGGAGACAGUCCAGGCUGGGGAGUGACAGAGCUAGGAGAGAUGGUCUUCCUGGCCUCUUGGUUGAGAAGAACAGGAAGUGCUGCAGAAGAAGCCCGAGCCACCAGCUCUAAGGCAGUGCAGGCUUGGCUGGCAAUGGGGCAAGGGACUCUGAACACUGGCUCAGGAAUGGAGGCCACUGGAACUGCUGGAGACAAAGAGGCCAGUGCCGUAUGCCUCUGCCUCCCCAAAGGAUCUGAUGCCUCCCCUUCACUUCCCAGUGAUCCAGGCCAGAGCUUGCAGCUCUCCCCUACUCCUGCAGCUACUCCUGGCUCGCGUGCGCGCGCUCUCUCUCUCUCUCUCUCUCUCUCUCUCUCUCUCUCUCUCUCUCUCUCUGGCAUACAACUGACCAGGACUUGGAUCUCUUCUUGAUGCAGAGAUGGUCCUACGUGUGGCCAGUGUUCUGUUUCUAGGAGUUACUCAGAGAAAUCCCAGGGUGCUAGAGAAAGGAUGCCAUUUACAUGCCCCUAAGAGGGUUGAUAAGGUGGCUGACCUCGGCUGUCUGCUGUAGGUGGACACUUUGUGAAAGUCUGGUUAGUGAGUGGGAGAGGAAUGAACCACCAGAGUAAACAGGCAGGCAUCAUCAUGCCCUAAACCAGAGCCAGCAGCUAGGACCUACCUGCAGAACUAGAGUGCAGAGAAAGUCUCCCAAGAUACCAGAUCCCACUCUGGUCAAAUCAGCAGUCCUUGCUCCAGGGGGCGCUCUGUUCAAACAUCUGCCGUCUGCAUCUAGGCACUUUGAGAACAAGGUCCCCCAGAAAGUAGAAUCCAGUCCAAUAACAAUUUGAGAGAUCUAGACCCUGCCUCCGAAGCCACACACAGGCUUAGCUGAACAAUCCCGGGACCUCAGGCUGAUUUGGCAUCCUCAGACCCCUCUGGCCAUUGUCAGAAGUUGAAACAAUGUUGGCUGUUGACUGUGCCCAGUGGAGAAAUCAGCCUUGCAUCCUAUCACAGGUAAGGGAACCAAAACCCAAACAAGUUCUGCUAACUGCUGAAGCCACGGCUACAUGCAGACUAGUGGCAAGCUGGAGCCACAAAAGGACCCUCCAUGACAUUUAACCCUUUGCAGGAGGCAGGAAACCUUCACCCCCUAUAUACAUGGGUCAAAGUCUCCCACUCUUCUCCAGAGACCCUUGGCUUGCCAUGCCAUGGAAACAAUGGUUGGGAAUUCCCCACUCCUAGACCAGCAGCCUCUCCUUGCCCAGCCCUUAAUCUGAAGAGAAGUCAUCACCACUAUGGGCCACCACCACCAUUACCACCGCUGCCUCUGCUGCCACCACCACCGCCACCGCCACCACCACCACCACCAUCACUGCUGCUGCCACUGCUACCAACACUUACAUCAACACUACCCCACUGCCACCACCACCACCAACAUUGCCACCCAGAUAUCUCCAUGGCAGUUCUUUGGCCUGCUGUUUUAUUAAUGCCUAAUUUCCAAUUUUCAAGAAGAGAGAGAGCCUUAGACCUUCAUCUCAUGAACCCAGCAAUCACACAGAUGAUCCAAGCAUCUCUGGACAGCCUCUAAUUUAUUUCUCAUUGUAUGCAAGCAGUACUGAGACUUGAUGGUACCAGCUUAAAUGUAAUAAAUGACUCAAGUACCACAGACUAGUUAAUAAAGCUCCAGGCUCCCUCUCUGCCCCUGCUGUCUUAGAUGGCAACACCAAAGAUUCCUUAGAAGAUGCCCCAAGUAGAAGGUGUAGAGGCCUCCCCAAGCCUGAGGGAGCUUCAUGGCCUUCUCAGGACCCUUGGUACAAGAUGGAGGUUGAAACGGGGGCAAAGAGACAGAGGCACAGAGAACUCUGGGGUGGGCACAGAACUGUCUACCCUGGGCCUCAGCAUGUCAGUGGGUGUGAUGAUCUGAUCUAGGGGUGACAAAUUUUGUACCUGAGCACAGCUUAGAAAGCUCUCAGUUUAGGGGGCUGGAGAAAUGGUUCAACAGUUAAGAAUGCUUGCCUCUCUUACAGAGGACCUAACUUCUAUUCCUGGCUCCCACUUAGGUGGCUCCAGAUCCAAGGGAUGUUCUCCCAUCUGGAAACUGGAAUUCACCUGCUUCUAGUGGUAGUGAAACUGGUGAACUGCAGAGAGAUAUUGGGGGAGGAGGCAGGUGUGCUCACUUUCUGGGGGGAACUCCAAGAGAAGACUCAUCUGCUUCUGUGGUCAGCAAACCCCUGAGAGUGAAAUCAUUUUAGAAAAACUCAGACACUAGUCUUAACCCAGGACACUGAGGCUUCAGCAAGAUGCCAGGGUAAUGAGGAAGAUGGAUGUCUACAGAGCGGUAGGUAGAGAGCCCUCGAGCUGUGUAGAAACUUGUCCUGACAGUGACUCCCCCACUGCCUCAGCUUAGGAGUCCUGAGUCUAAUGAUCUCAGGUGAACCCAGGAAUACUAUCUUCCUUGUCUCUCCUAUGCCUGAAACAAAACCAACAUCCCUGGCUCCUGGCUUCCUCAGUGUUCCCAUAAACAGAGGGGUGCUUCCUCCCUAUCCCUGCAUGCCCUCAUAGUGUUCCCAAGGCUGAAGAAAUUGUCAUGGGUUGCCUUUGUUCCAGGGUACUAGGAUAACUCAUUGUUACCAGCAAUAAAAACCGUCUUUGGUAUCUCUAAUUCUUUCCACGGUGCUUAGAGCCCUGCCUACACAGGCUCUUGUUUAUGCAGAGAGCCUCCCUUCACUGCUGAAUAUAGUGUAAAUUGAAUUGCAUUAUAAACGCACUAGGGGAACCUUAUCAGGAAUCCUUUUAUAAAGGGAAUAAUUGUCCCCUAAUUUAUCAUUAGUGCGAGCCUCGGUUUUUAUCUAACAAGUUUGUUUGAUGUGAGCAAAGUCUGAGUGUACACACACAUACAUGUGAGCACAUACUGCUGGGGAGUAGAAGAUGCAAGGUAUGAGAGAGAGCAGGGUGUGAAUUAGUUUGGGUAAGAACUUUCUGAGAGUGACGCUGGCAAGCCAAAGCACCGUGGAUGAGAUAAAUCAUGGUGUGUAGCCAAGACAAAGAGGAAAACAGAGACCCCCAAAAGGAGUGAUGGUUUUUUCAAUUGUUGUUCAUCUCUAGAGAAAUGAUGUCCAAGUUUUCACAGGAUUGCCAGGCACUCUGGGCUACCAGGAGCUGGUGAGGGCUGGGAAAUGAACCAGUGGUGGAUGAGUGGCAGGAUUUGGGAGUUGCGGAGACUGGCACCCUUCCCAUCAGAGCCAUGGGCAUCUGCAGUAUGUGCGAGGGGAAUGGAUGCUGUGAUCUCAAACAUCUUUGUGUGUGUGCUUGAGCAGAUGCAAGUGAGACUAUAGCCUUCCCUAACCUCUGUCUCCAGGUCUUUCUCUCACCCUGUUGUCUCCCUAUGCACAGAAGCAGCUGGGAGCUGAUGUGAGGACAGAAACCUUGUAUUUAUCAAGUUGGAUCCAAGAUUUAAAAUGUACUUUCUAAAGCUUUCUGUUUACUAGCCCCUGAAGCACCUGGACCCCAAUCCUAAGGAAACUCCGAUUUAUGUUCAAUCUGCCUGUUUGCUGUUCAGUUUGCACAUGCCUCCCGGUUGACAAGGCUCCCAGCACGUCUCAUAGGUUCUCACAACAUCAUCGAGAGGCAUCAGUGGCAGACUUCAUUCUACCAGGGAGGUAACUGAUCCACUAAGGCCGUGGCACUUCACAAACAACACCAGGACUUCUAAACCAAAGCUGCUCUCUUCCCCUUUUGGUGGCCCAGCUUCCAGAGACAUCAGACAGGGAGGGCAUCACUAAGUUCUCAUUAGCAGUGAUAACUCACCCUCUCAAUCCGAGUUCAUACUGCAGAUUCGGCAGAGACACUACCUGCAAUGGGCAUAUUUAGAACCAUGUAUAGAAAAGAGAGAUGGGGCUGACUGUGGAAGAAGCCUGGGUUCUCUGUCUCUCUCAAGGGACCGCCCAGUAUAAGUCCUUCUCCUUUCACAUUCAAAGGAAACAGAGGAUAACGACAAUGGCAACCAAUGGGUGAUAGAAGAUACCUCUGUAGCUAAUGCAGGCUAAGAUGGUGGAUGUGUCCACAGUCAUGACCUCCCCAUCACUGUUACUAACACAGCCUGACAGACCUGUGUAUCAUGUAAUAGUGGCCAAUGGUUUCCCCCAGUGUGGCCAAUAUCACAGAUAGGAGAAGGCACUCUAGAUCCUAGAAUCUAUAUGUCCUUACCAAAACCAAUAGGAGCUUCAUUGAACAUGUCCAUAUCUCUCUAGAUCACUAGCCAGAGAGUACACCUUCCUUCCUUGGAGCAGAGAAAGGAAGAACUAGAUACAAGAUGAUAACCCACAGUUCUCUCCACACAGAAGAGAUUACCCAGGUGGCUGAGUAUCACCCCUCCUUACAAGGCUUACAUCACCCUGGGGUCCAGUUGACCCUCAAAGUUCUCACUAUAGGGGAUUGUCCUAUUACUGUGAUUAGUCUCUACUGCCUUGCCAGACCACUGGAAAAUCCACUUCCACUGUUCCCUGGGUCCAGAAAGCACAGGAAUGAGGAAGAUAGCAUCAUUUAUUGUCUGGGGGUUGAGGAUUCUAGAACUUUCUUUACCAACUACUGAAUUAGACAGUGUGACAUGACCUAUGAGGACUGACCUGGAGAAACUUGUGUGCUGGGCAGAGAACAUGUUCUACAGGAGCCUAGGAGCUACCGAUAUGAGGGUCCCUUCUUGCAUCUGUGAGGACUGUAGGGAGCCUGAGGAAAUGAGAGAAGUCACUGUGACACAGUUAUUGGUAUUGAAAGAGACGAGACCAAUGUUGGGAUGACAAGAGCACUAAAUAGAACCAUGUUGUGGCAAACAGCCAUGCUGAGACUUCUCCCUUGAAAAUCUCACUCAUAUACUUUUCCAACGUACCCUUAGGUAAGAAACCAGUUCUAUGGUUAGUAGCACUGGGGUUAGUCACAACCCACUGCCAGUCUUUGCUGAACCUGUAAUCUGCAUGCAUUUAAACAGCCAUCUGUCUUGGAAAGAACGACGAAGAAUUGUGGAAAUAGCAUUGAAAACUAUCCUUAUCAACUAAACAGCGGUUUUACAUGCUGGCUGAGCCUUACCAGCACCAUACGGGAACCUUUAGAAAAUAGGUCAUGACAUUGAAUCUAGAGCUUAAAGAUGAAUCCUUCCAUGCAGGCUUGUGAAUGUGGCAUUAACGUGGUGUGAGGGUGUUCUCCAGUGCUUGCACACAUGGGGGCCACAAGCUAACUCAGGUUUCAUCAUUUUCUGCCUUAUUUCUUGAGCAAGGUCUUGCACUGAGCCUGGAACUCACUGUUCCUGCUUGACCAGCUAGCCAGCAAGCUCCUGGGAUCUGCCUGCCUCUGCUUUCCUAGCACUGGAGUUAUACGCACUGACCACCAUAUCUGGCUUUUAUGUGGGUGCUGGGGAUCUGAACUCAGGUCCUCAUGCUUGUGCAUCAAGCUCUUUACCCAUGGAGUCAUCUCCUCAGCCCAGAUUCUUGUCACUCUUACAGCGAUGUUCUGUGGAGUGAAUAAGCAGAUAUUGAACAGUGCACUGUUCCUAGGAGAAAUAACGAGUUAGGUUCAACGAAGCUCCGGCCAUAGCAUUUCCACUAACUGAUCAAUACACAACCAUGUUUUAUUGUGCUUCUGCUUAAAGACACCUUAUUUUAUACACACCAUUAACAUUGAGCUCCGGGCCAACAACACUAUCAUUCACGACCAAACCAAACUUCUCUAACCCACAUAUUUUCUCCACAAGGUAGAAAUGUUCUUUAUCAUUGUGCUUAGGCGCAUUUUAAAUGGCAAAAAUCACCAAGCAAAAGCACACGCAGCAAGCUGGCAUUGAAUAGAUCACAAAAAUUACAGGCUGCUUUCUGUUUUUCAGGAUGAGAGAAGAAACAAGAAGGCAGAGGGUCACCUUGCUCAAGAGCACUGGGCAACUCAAAUUCUGUGCUACUUUCUAUGUGUCUGUAAUAGACUAAAAAUGUAAGCCAGGUGAGUUGAAGGCAGAACAUUGGGCAAAUUGCAAAUAUAGAAUCCGGGAACAACAAUUAACAGUAUGCAAAGACUAUAGAGUACUAUGCAGCAACAAAAAAAGAGUGAGUUUGGAUAUACGUGGCAGCCUGGAUAAACCCCAAAGGCAUGGUGAUAUGUGAAAGAGCUUUGAAAGCUGACGCUACGAUGUCACUGGUAUAGAAAAUAUAGAGAGAUAGCAAAGGGAUAGUUCUGAGAGGUGGCAAAACUGUACCGUGUCCUUAUUGUAGUGACAACCCAAAUACAUACACGUGUUAAAAUAUAUAAAACUGUACCUCAAGGUGAAA